AUGGAGGAUAUCGGCAAGGUUGGUUGGCUUGCUGACAAAUCACGUCCUGAUAUUGCACUGGCAGUGAACAAGCUGCAACGUCGAGCAGCAGCACCGAGAGUUGAAGACGUCGAAGCGUUGAAACAAUUGCUACGGUAUGUCAAAGGCACGAUGAGCCUUGGCAUCCUUCUUGGCAAGCGGCCAGAGGAGCAACUAAUCGGCUACGUUGACGCAUCCUUUCAUGAUUGCGAAGAUGGAAAAAGCACUGAGGCUUUUGUCCUGUUUUACGCCGGUUGUCCAGUCAGCUGGUCUUCUCGUAAGGAAGAGCUAGUGGCAAGAAGUAGCACGUCGGCAAAAUACAUAGCUUUUGAUGCAGCUGUGAGAGAGAUAAUGUGGCUGCUGAAGAUACUUCAGCAAGUCGAUAUGCCGCAAAGCUUGCCGAUCACCUUAUUAACCGAUAGCGACAAUGCGUUUACGAUCAUGACAUCUGACAACUACGCCAAAGGAACAAAGUGGAUCGACGCGAGAUAUCACUUUGUGAGACAUGCCGUUCGUCAAGGCAUAGUCAAAUUCAAAGUCAUUCCUAGUGCUGACAACGUUGCUGACGCACUGACUAAACCACUUGGAAAAGAGCUGUUCGAAAAGAUGCGGAACCUGAUGAUGUCAGCAAUCGCAGAAGGAACUAAUUGA